AUGCUUAAGAACAACUCCUUUAAUAAUUCGCCCAAGAUGCCGAUUUUCCGCACGAGGACCGUCUUUCCUCUCGUCGCCCUAUUUUCAAUAGGCUUCUUCUUUUGGUGCAUUGAACGUUAUGAUCGUGCAGCGUUCCUUCGAUUCAAGCACCCCGUCGACCGGGUGACUACGUCGGCCGGUACUCCCCAGAUUCAGCUACAACCAUCAUCAGCCCCGACGGCGAAAAUGUGCGAUGCGGACCCUAGUGUUAUGCCCCCCAUGCCUUUCACUGAGUGGCUGCCUCGCAAGAACUAUACCCGCGCGUACUUCCGUCCUCACCACGUGAGCCCUAAGACUGAAUUCAGCUCGCUGGAGGAAGUUGAUGUCCCUGUCCUCCCGCCCAUGACUGUCAUGGAGCGUGGCAUGGUUAUCUCUCCGGACAACAAGGACGACGACAUUUCCUGCCCUCCCAUCAUCGAUGUUAAUGUAGCGGCCGACCAUGAUGUUGAUGAGACGGACAAGCUUCUGUUUGGUUUGGCCACGACUGCUGACCGUUUGGACCGCUUGCUUCCUUCCCUCCUCUACUCCUACGGAAACACCAAGGCUGGUAUUAUCGUGUUGGUACCGGAAUCCGACGACGACAUUCCCAAGCAAGAGACCUACUUCCGUAACCGUGGCCUGGACUUGACACUUAUUCAGUCUCCUCUCGAUUUCACUGCUCGUUAUUUCGGCUUGGUUGAGGCGUUCGCCAAACACAUUCGUACCAAGCGCCCCCAGACCCAGUGGGUUAGCUUCAUCGACGACGAUACUUUCUUCUUGUCCCUUCCCACUGUCGCUGAGGAGCUGAAGCUUUUCGAUGUGACCAAGAAGCAUUACAUCGGCUCGCUGUCGGAGGCCCACUGGCAGGUUGACACCUUUGGCCACAUUGCCUUCGGCGGUGCCGGUGUUUUCGUAUCUAAGCCUCUCCUGGACGUUCUCGAAACAUACUACGACGAAUGCCAGUCUUGGGGUGAACAGCCUGGAGACCAGAAGCUCGGACAGUGCAUCCAGAGAUACGGAGAUACCCCCCUUACCCUGUGGCCCUCUCUUUACCAGAUGGACAUGAAGGGUGAGGUUGACGGCGUGUACGAGUCGGGCCGGAAGAUUGAGUCCCUCCACCACUGGAACAGCUGGUACACGAAGGACGUUGUCAAGAUGACGACUGUGGCAGCUGCCGCCGGUCGCCGGUCAGUGCUCCGUCGCUGGGUGUUCGACCAGGAAGAGAUUGUCAACAACUCCACCGGAAAGAGCACUCGUACAUUCUGGGUCAUGACCAAUGGAUACUCUCUUGUCAAGUACACCUAUGGCGAGAACACUCCUGAUGAUGCCAUUGACUUCGACCAUACGGAGAAGACUUGGGAAGAGGACCCUCGUGGGUACGAAGAGCGCCUGGGACCUCUUCGUCCUAAGGACCACGAGGGUGUCCUCAAGGACCGUUGGCUCCUGAAGGAAGCUUACGUUGUGGGUGACAAUGUGCACCAGUGGUACGUGCGUGAAGAGGAUGAAGGCCACAGUGUCAUUGAGAUCGUUUGGCUUGGACCCAAGGGUGGGGGCGGUGCCGGUAUCAAUGACUACAAUGUCAGGAAACAUCACUGA